GGGUCUUUAAUCAUUUUCACUGUCUCCGUUACUCAAUCUCUCUCACUUAAACUGAAUCUCCACAGCUUAGUCCUCCCUCUCGAAUUUCGAUAGCUGAGCUCCCUCCCUCCACUCCUCUGAAGUCGACUCCGACCACCGCCUGACGGUCAAUCUCACUAAAGGCGUCGACUCGUACGCUCUGUGGUUCCGGAAAUGGAGUUGGCGAACAAGGUGGUGAGCGCUGCCACGAGAGCGGUGAGCAACAACACGGUGAUAAACGUGGCCCUGGUGGGUGCGUUCGUUGCACUGGGCGUAAGGUCGGUGAAGCAGCAAAACGACAUCGAAUCGCUGGAGGCGGAGAAGGCGUUCCUCAUCAAGUCGAACAAGGCGGCGAAGCAGACCUUGUGGGACUGGAAGCAGCAGCUCUUCGCGGAUGCCGCCUCCGCCGACUCCGCCUUGGUUCCGCUUUCCAGGCUCAAAGCCAUCUACGGCGAAGCCCCAGUCUCACAAAUUGCAAUUGCAGCUGAGUUUAAUGUCAUGCUCUCAUUUGAUGAUUGAGAUUUUGGACCGCUCGUGUUCAAGUGUGGUGCCAUGGAACUGUGAGUAACUUUCUCUUGCCGGACUUAGGCUACCAACAAAUGUUUAUGUUGAUGUCUAACAAUUUAGGGGAUGAAUGUGUUGUUUUCAUGAGAAGAUUAAGGGGCUAAAUUCAAGAUUGCAACCCAGCUGAUCACAUUGUUUUGUUAUUUUGUACUCACUUGAUCAAUAUUUGCUUCAUUAUUUAGGGGAAAUUUUAAGAAUCAAGCUUCUGUGGUGUGUAAUUAGAGAUGCGAAAGACACCUGCAUUCACAUUUUGGCCUAAACUUGCUCCCCAAGUACUUUGUUAUUGUUUUAGUUCAUCUUACUAAUCCUAUUAACAACUUA